CGUGGCCCGCAGCGGACCAUCCCAGCGCUGGCCGUCUAAUUUGUAGCGCAUAAUAUUCGAAUAAUUUGCACGCGUUAAUGGAACCGGCCGUGGGUCCCUCGUCGACUACGACGCACGGAACUACCUUGCAAAUAUUUGCGUGCAAUAAAAGUGAUUCGACCCAAUAGGUGUCAGACAAAGUCACCGGAAAUCGGAGCAAACACGAGUACGGAAAGUUUUAGGUGUAUCUUCAAUAAAAUUUAAUCAUGACGAGGAGAGAUAAUGUAAUAAACAUAUGUAAUUAUUCUUAUUCGAUUAUUAUUCGAAAUAUCAUCGAAUAUAUAUCACUAAAAUCUUUUUCGACUCCUGGAAUGUUGUAUUUUUAUUUAUGACUGUACGACUUUUAUUAAAUCGACGAGAUCAAAAUCGAUUCAUCUAAUCGUGGAUGUAUCUUAUCGAUGACGUAUCACAAGCGAUUCCUCUCCCACUCUUUGCAACAGAAUUAUCGCAUUUAUCUCGCGCCUUAUCUUUCUUCCCAAUAUGUUGUUUGCAAACUUUUAUAAAAUAACACAGUCAAGAUUUUAUUUUUAUAAUUAAUUCAAAUUGCAUCUGAAUUUUAUCGGUAAUAAUAACAUAUAUUCGACAAUAUUAUUAUAAUAUUAACAAUGUAAUAUAUCAAGCAGAAUAAGUAUUUCAAUUAGUGUUGGAAUUUACGCGUGUGAUGUAACGAAUUAAUUAUGAGUGAAUUGUGAGAUAUUUUUAAACUGAGACAGUUAAAAAUAUCACUUAAAAGUAUCUUGUAUUAAGAAAUAGGAGCAUAAUGUUAAAUAUAAACACCGACUAACAGACAGACUGCAUAUUAAGUAUUUUAGCAGACGUACGUAGCAAGCUUAGUCAUCAACGUGUGAAUAAUAUACAUCUUUCUCGUGAACACUGAUUUACGAGCCACGUGCCCGACACAGAAACUUACUUUCCUGGUUUUGCAAUUAGUUGCCGCAUAUAUUGUUGCGGUUAUUUCCCUAAGUGACUACAUCGUCUGAUAAACUUUACGUUACAAACGUAACGCCUUCGGCAGAUUAAAAAUAAUAGCGUUUAAAGCAAGCAGGGCUGAUAGCACCUUCUCAAAAGUUUUAUGCAUAUUGGUUUUACCGCCGUGAGUAUCUAGAUAAUUCGCAUACAAUCAUUUAAUCACUUUGACAUUUUAAUUGUUAACAUGCCUUUAUUUGCACGAUUAAUCGUGACUAAUAUAUUUCUAUUAAAAAAUCCUAUUCUGCAAUUAUUAUUUCCGCAUUUUACUCAUGUCAUUCGUUUAUCCUGUUCAAUCGAAGUAACACUUAUUCUGCAAGCUAAUUACUUAAAUCCAUUUAAUCGUGUCACAUAAUUUUUAUUAAUCGCAUUUAUUAAUGUCACUAUCACAAAUAUUUAUCACACUACCGUUAGUAUCCAAUCAGCGCGGUUUAAUGACAUUUCGUUCAAUUAAUGAAAACGAUAUGGCCCGGGGGUCCAACAUACAGUUCGCCGUACGUCUCCCCACGCGGAGAUCGCGCAGCGAGGGUGGCGUGCGCGCAGGUGGGAGGACAGGGAGGACGUACUGGCGGGCUGAGGAUUACGGUGGGGCUACGGAAGGGGGGGCUGGAGGAAGCAGGAGGGCUGGAGGUGGGACCGAGUGCCGGUGAGCGUGCGAGAGUGCGAGAGCGAGAGGACGAGGUGAAUAGUGAGUCCGUGAGCUCGAGUGAGUAACUGGGAGUCGCAACUGGGGAACCCACUCAGUCACCACGAGAUCGGCAAGCCGAAUGGUCAACCGCGCCGGUGGUUCUUCUGAAAAGUCUGCACCGAGUUAAAGGGGCCUCCUGGCAGGGGUCCUGGAUCCAGGCCCCCUCAGAUUAGACUCUCGAAUGUCAACGGGCGCGAUAGUUUAUAGUUGCCUCGAUUCGAUCGUGGCGCAGGUAGACGGACAGUUGCGUCACGUUAAUUUCCCGACGGAGAACAGACUGAUCGAUUGUCAGAUUUAUCUCGCGAGAACGCUGCUGACGAUGUGGAGAAUUUUAGUGCGCUGUUACGUCACUUUAACGUCUACCUGACACCGCAGUAACACCGAUAGAAUACGUCGGGGCCCCCCGUGGUCCUCGGUGCUGCAGUUUUGGUAUCCCGGGGAUUACAAACAAUACAAACAAUAUCCCUCGCGUGACAGUUCGUCCCCAGCAGCGGGACGCGACGGUGAACGAUAACGGACGAUUAACGCCGUUUUGUCGGAGCAACCAGUCGAUUCGCGGAAAGAUCGCGAGUGCGCAAGUGGAUGCGAGCGGAAACUGUCAUCCGGAGCAGCCGAGGACUCUCCUGCAGGAGGACGAGGAAGAGAUGAUCUUCGUGCUGCUGGUGGCCGGAGCGUUCGCCCUCGCCACACUAAGGCGGUACUCAGUGGCACAAACGAUUAUUCUCACGAGUUUUGCCUUCUUCCUGAUUUCGUCUGAAUUCCGGUUAACCUCGGCAUCGGGGACAUCCGCGAACGAACUACAAUUUGCGCCAAACUCCAGUGGCAUAGAACCCUGGUUUCAGCCUUGUGGCACCCGGCUGGCGGCCUCGCGAAGGAUGCUUAAUUCCAACGACUCGAGCAACAUCAUGAAGAGGGUGCGAACGCAAUUGCGAGUCGCGCAAAAUCACUUCAAUAAGACUUUCAAGGACGUGUGCAUAGUUUACUCGAAGGUGUACGAGGUGUUGCUGAAGAAGCAGUAUAAAAUGAACUGGUUGCCAAAAAGACAACCCGAGUGGUACCACAGGGAACUCUGGUGUUCGGAAAAGGGCAAAAAAGCCGAGCGUGCCCUUCCAUACUUAUAUGAAGCACUUCAAAGGUUUUCGAUUACAUUUCAUUAUCUUAGAGAAUUUCAUCUCAACUCCAGCAUCGACGUCACGCGCGGUAUUUUUAAGAGGCGAACUAAGAUCAUCGACAAAGCGCAUAACCAGGUUCUUAGGUUGCUGUGCGAAGUCGAAGCCGCUAUGAUAAAUCUGGAACUAAGGACUUCCAAUGUAAACGCGCUCGUUGUAACGGAUAAUUUACAAUGGGCUAAAGAGGGUGAUCUGACUCUAAUGCUGAUUCAGGAUUGGGGUGUGAUAAAGCUUUACCAUACUUUUCUAAAAGAUUGGGUAAAGGUCUUUCGCAACGCCACUUCUAACAACGGUUGCUAUCGCAACAUAAAGUCUUUGGCUCUUAUACCGAAUAUGCCGAGAAAAUGGUUUAACGAAAAGGGCACGAGGAUGCCGAAGAUGAGAAAACGUAAACCGACAAGGAAACCCGGCCGAAAUAAUACCUUGCGUCAGAAUUUGCGGAAGGGAUCUCAAAGGAACAGACUGAUGAAGAAGCAAAAAGGACCUACGUUACGAAAUAAUCCAUAGACUACGCGUCGAAGAAGUUUGCGCUUAGUAUCGACGAGAUCUGCUGAUAAUUUAAAGACACCGCUCUACACAGCGUCGAAAUCGUAUACUAUCUCAUACUAACAUAACUUUUAUAUUUAUUCCAUUAUCGCAAUCAUGUUCAUUUGAGUAGUUUUGCCAACGUUGUACUAUUGUACUAAGAUUAUGUAUCUCAAUAGCCGUGAAAAUUGUUUAAAUCCAAUAUAUUUGGCUUAAUACUAUUGGAUUAUAUAAGUAUAAUAGAAGUAUUUUAUCGACAAUACGCGGCUACAUACUAGAGACCAGUAUUAAAAGAUCUACUUCAGAACAGUAUUAUCUAAUAACAUAAUACCGAACAUAGCCGUAAUAAUAAUAAUAAUGUUUCGAAGUACACGGCGCACUCGAAUCGAUUAGACCCGCAAAAUAUCGGUCCAAUGGACUAUAAAGCCGUUAAAAUACACCGGGAACACAUAAUCUUAUCUCAUGUGUGUAAAAGAAAUGUAAAAAAAAAAAACCUUUUUUUUCGUUCUCAGGCACUCAACAAUCUGAGAACAACGAAAAGACAAAAGUAGGUUAUGAAAAGUGCAGGGAGAAUAAAUUUACAAGUGCACUUAGCGCGUUUGAAAUUGGCUACCUUGCGCUUGAUAUUUAUAUCGGUAUGCCAACAUAGAUUACGCUCACGAUAGAGGCGACUUGUUACACGGAUAUGAAUUUAUUCAAUUAAAUUGACGGAGUUUGCGAUACGCGUAGAUGUCGAUAGUACGUGAAAGGAUCGACGACAAGUUUAGGCGGCUCGUGAAACUUAUUUAUUCUAGCUUUAAGCGUAUGGCGAAAACUUAAUGUCGUUUAGCUGUGAUAUCCCGAGCGUACGUGGACGUACAGAGUUCCUACGUUUAUACAUAGGCGCUUAUGCACAUACAUAUACACUUACAUAGAUAGGUAUUGUGCGUUGACGCGUACCAUACGUAGACGUAGAUGAUUCUCUCCUCCUUUUCGGUGUGUUUUACCGAAGAAUCUCGCCUUUUCGUGGGAACACAUGACAAUUUUACUUUUUAUUGUUAGUUCGUUGAAUCACAUGCGCGUAAACGACGGUUUUUUUUUCGAAGACGAAGUCCGAGGUUUGUACACACGGUUUCUUCCGUCUCGCUUUCGAUCAAAUUAUGCUAACUGAUAAUAAGGGACCAUUAUAAACUUUUGAGAAUUUGAAUAAAUUUGGAUUUUAUAUGUAAAUCAUAACGACUUGAAGCGUCUUCUUUACAAUUAUAGAUUAGAAUCAUUUAUAUUGUACAGAUCCGAUAUUUUAUACUAAAGUAGUACUUCGUAGCUUAGCGUUACGUAUAAUUUUGUAUUAUGUAUGCAUACAAUACAAAUUGUUCGUAAACGUGCAUUUAAAUUUAAGGCCAUUGCAUUUUAUACAAUACACAUAGAAUAUUUAUUCGGGCGUAUAUGCAUAGCAUUCUGUUCUAUUUAUUGUAUCACGUUACCAUUGCAUAUACAUAUUUAUUGUCAUAUCUUUACUUAUAUGUGAUCAUCUCGAAUAAAUUCAAUGUUUUGUAUCGAACUGAAGUUUAGAUGACAGAAAUACCUUUAUAAUCCAUGUAAUAGUUUAUAAUUUUAACGAAUUGUAAAGCGUUUGUUUUACAUGAACAUUCGUGACCGGAAAUAUCAGGAGUGCAUGAGGGAUCUGCAUUCUGCAUGGCAUUUAAUUAUUAUUCGUUAUGUAUAUAACGCGGAAAUAAUGUAGAUAAGAAUAUGCUAUUUAAAAUGCAAUAAACAUGACUCGUUGCAGUAAUAUUUUAAGCGAUUGAUUAGAUAAGAAGUUAAAUAAUGCAUAGCAAUGUUAAUUUUUUGUAACUGCCAUUACAUAUUUAUGUACAUGCUAUAAAUAUUGCUAUAUCGCAACGCCACUUUAUUGUUGCUUUCACACAGUGACAUAAUUAUCCUUAUUUAUAAUAUUUAAAGAUAUAUUUAGAUAUAUUUUAUUUUAAAGAGCAAAAGCGUAAUUGUAAUGAUAAAUAUCACUAUUGAAUUUUUUUUACUUCUUUAACAGUUAUUUACGUAAGCAACUUUUUUUACUGAGAACUUGCAAAUCGUAUUUAAUUUAUACGUAUUUAAUUUAUAAAUUAAAAAUUAUUCUGUAUUUAAUUUAUAUUACUAUUUUUCUGUAAGUAAAAUGAUUAGGCUAACAUCAUGCAGUUUCAUUAUGAACAGGAUUUCCCAGACGCAUUAAAUGUUGUAAUAGGAGUACACGAAGAGUAGAUAGGUUGUAAUUGUACUCUUCACCGCACUUUGCGUUUAAAGGGUAAAUCUAUUUGCUGUAAUUUAACUGUUUGGCGCUACUGCAUUAAUAAAAUGUUUGUUAUGUAAAAAGA